GUUCCUCAGACGACGAAUACCAGGCAGCAAAGGUGCGCAGAGUGCGGAUUCAGGCUAUUGAGAAACUCGACAAAGACCUACUUGUCGCAAAGAAGAACAAUUUGAUCGGUUCCUCCGACGAGGGUUAUCAGAAAGCGGAGCGCCGAAGGCGGACACGAUGCAAGCAUAAGAAUCGGAGGUGGCGAGCCGAUCGAGACCGCAUUGUCGCAAAAGAGAAUGGCUUGAUCCGAUCGUCUGAUGAAGAUUAUCAGAAGGCGAAAGAGCGGCACAAGAGGACAAGAGAAAAUCUCAGGGUAGCGGAUAGGAAAAGAGCCGCACGCGAGGUAGAAAUCCUGAGGCAACCUGAUCACCCAGAUUACGACAAAAUUGUCGCAAAACGCAAGGCUCAUAGCGAAAACGCCGUCAAAUACACCAGAGUUAUGCUUGAUGCUGAAACAGAAGUCCUUGCAGAUCCCGCUCACCCAGAUUACGACAAAGCUGUCUCGGCGCGCGGGAAGAGGUAUGCAAGGACAACUGCUCGGAGAAGAGAAGUGCGCAAACACGAUGUAGAAGUCCUUGCAGAUCCCGAUCACCCAGAUUACGACAAAACCGUCGCAAAGCGCAAGGCUACGAGCGAGCUGAGGGCUGAGGGCGCACAACGACUGAAGAAACGCGAAGCAGCAAUACUUGAUGAUUCCGAUCAUUCCGACUACGACACAAUCCUCGCGCGGAAGGAGCGCAGGCGUGAGUCGGUUCGAAAGUAUUCAAAAAAAGUCCGCGCACACGAAGCAGAAGUCCUUGCGGAUCCCAGCCAUCCAGAGUACGAGGAGAUCCUUGCAAAACGCGAAUCUAAACUGGCAAAAGAAAGGGAACGAGGCGCCAAGAACCGGAGCAAGAAGCCGAAAAGAAAGACUCGUGCCAAAGGAAGUCCUGGUGAGGCCACUCUAGAAGACAUGGAUGUCUCAAUGAAGGAAAAUCAGCUGCCACAGAAGAGUCUGAAAGACGUGAUACCAGAUUCCGAAUGUUCGGAAUAUGAGGACUGA